GAGGUGGAGGGGGGUGUAGUGUGUGGAGACAGCCGCUGCGGUGCAUUGUCAGGCUGAGCGCACGCAGGAGAGGGAGACAGAGAGAGAAUCCCCCAUUUUAGCUCAACAAUAUUACAGCAGUGCAGCGAUAUCUACAACAAUGGCAGUCUGGCACUCUCAGCAUAGUGCUAUCGAUCCAAGCAGUGGAAACCCAACACAUGCACACGCUCUCUGAUUUUUAUUUUAUUUUAGUCAUUAUUUUGCAUGUAGUUCUCAGAUGAAAUUGAUGGGGGGGGGGAGAAAAACUGCAGAAAUUCUCACUGAACACGCUCAGUGGUGCAGGCACACUGACUUACUAACCGGAUCUCUUCUAAGACACCGCACUGGAGACGGAGAGCACGAGUGAGGGAGAGGGCGAUCGAGCAAGCGCAAGAGGAGGGGAGAGGAACAGAGGGAGCACAGCAGAGUAAAAAGAGGAAAAAACAGAGGAGGAGGAGGAAGAAGAAGAAGAAGAAGAGAGAAGGAGAGAGUCGCAGGAGGAAGGAGGAGGAGAAUGCUCGGCGUCUGGGCAACACUUCCACGCUUGUGUCCAGGGCCUUUGUGAAUACACCAUGGGAUGCAUCGGCUCCAGGAGACUGACGGCAGAUGGGGUGCCAGUCCAGAAGGAUGGGGAGCAACAUGGACGUUCAGAGUUUUCAUGGGAAGGAAUCAAUCUGUCCAUGGAGGACACCACAUCAAUCCUGCCUCGGCUCAAGAGGAACUCAAAUGCCUAUGGCAUCGGGGCUUUGGCUAAGUCUUCUCUGUCAGGUGUGUCAGGAGUCACACGCACCAUGAAGGAAAGAGUAACCAAGCCCACAGCGAUGGCCCAGGGCCGUGUUGCUCACAUGAUCGAAUGGCAGAACUGGGGCAUGCAGACGGUUGGCGCAGGAGGGCUGCCCCAGUCCCGCAUCAGCACCCAAGAGCGGGAAAAGGAGCGGCGGGCGGAGAACGACGCCUACAGCGACCUCAGCGACGGAGAAAAGGAGGCUCGGUUCGCUGCAGGCAUCCUGCAACAGUUUGCAAUCUCGGAGGCGACGCUCUUGGCGUGGUCGUCGAUGGACGGGGAGAGCCCGCGGUCGGGUUCAAACCAGGGCAGCGUGGCUCACCUGAGCGAGGUCAACCAGGAGAGCAUCACCAGUCGAGAUCAGAUAUUACACCAGUCCUCAGCAGAGGUGUGGCCUCACACGUACGUCUCCCAGGGCCACUACUGCCUCUCGUCCUCCGACGCCUGGGAACCGACCAACAGCGACCCUUCGGGCGUGGCGUCUCCCCCUGCUGGUUCCUACAUCAUGGGGACGGACGGCUACGACGGGCAGGCGGCGGCUCACUUCCUGUCCCAGCAGCAGCAGCAGCAGCAGCAGCAGUACAACCUCCAGCAGCUGCAGCAGCUCCAACAGAUCCAGCAGUACCAGCAUCAGCAGCUCCUGCAGUAUCAACAACAACAGGCUCUGGAGCACCGGCUGCACAGUGCCAACCACUCUCUGCAGGCAACACCCAACAGCACCAUCCACAGCCUGGUUCACCAGGUCCACCCGCCGCUGGUUGAUCUGUGGAACACGGGGCAGAUGGAGGCCUAUCAGGCGGAGGCCGGAGGCUACAUGGGCGUAGCGGCGGUGGUGGAGGCGGGCCUGUGUGUGCCGGCGGGGGAGGAGGUGGUGGGAACCGAGCACUCCCCGCUGCUGGAGCAGCAGGAGGAGGAGCAGUUCAAGGAAGAAGACAUAAUGCUGGCCCUGGACCAGGAGUCGGCCAUGUUGACUCCGCCCACGCAGCAGGGAGAUGCCUCUGGAGGCAGUAGUCCAGGGCAACCGCCAACUGAGCCAAUCACAGAGCGGAAGGCCUCCGAUGUCACCUCUGGUCUCAUCCAGACGCUGGAGGAAAAGGAAGAGGAAGAGGAGGAAGAGGAGGCUGGGCCACCUGCCUCCAUGGCCGCCAACUGAGCUCCUGAUGGUUUAGACUCCUGAACACAAACUAACCUGGGAGUCGGCGAGGGACGAGCAACAUACAACAAUAUAUAUCUAUUAAUCCGUUCCUUUUCAGGUAUCAAAAACUUUUCGUUUUAAAGGUGAAUUCCUUAAAAUGACUCACAACCAGACAGGAGCUCAUGCAACAAAGGACACCUCUGUCUUUGUAAGCCUUACACCCCGAAGGUUUGAAAAAUAGAGUUAAAACAGAGCAGAAGAGGAGGAGGAGGAGGAGGAGGAGGAGGAGGGGGAAGAACAUUUCCAAAGGGGGGAAAGAAACCAGACUGUGAUGAAGAGGAGGGGAAUGGAAACAUGCAUGCUUUUUCUUUGAAGACCAACAACUCAAACCUGUCUUUGUCUUAUGAUGAAAAUAAAAAUCUAACUUACAUUAGCAUAAUAAGAGGAACAAUUUUUGUAAUAAAGCAAAAAAAAAAAAUGAACAGCAAGCGAUGUGUGAUGAGAUCUCACAGGUUUCCUGAAGGAGAGCUGCUCUGUUUACAGCCCUGACUUAACGCGUUCUUCAUUUCUUUCUCUUGGAUCAAACACGUGCACCCUAAUACAACAAAAAGCAACCCGAGCAAUUUCACAGAGGAGUCUCAGCAUUUCGGUGAAAUGCAGUUUAACUCGUCUGAAAUCCAUUCUCCUGCGACUUUGUGGCACAACCCGGGGGCGAGCCUGCUCUGCUGACUGCACACACCCAACCCUGCACAGAUAAGGAUUGUACUGUAAGAUAGCGAGCUUCCUACUCUGUCUCUCUGUAUGCAUGUCCUUCAGAGUACCACAGAGUACCUGUAACUCUACAGCACUGUAAAAGACUUUGCACUGAACCGUUCCAAUCCCAAGGUGGGAGUUCCCCGACGGAGACGGCUGCGUACACGACUUUAGUUGGGUUUUUCCUUGUUGUGAAAUAUGUUUUUUUUUUUUUGCACUAAAGCAAUCCAGCAGAUCAGAGUUUGCCUUUGGACUGUUGGCUCGUUCCCCGCUCUGACAAACCAAAACCACCCGAGCCGCUUCACGAUGCAGGAACACUCAGCUGCUUUGUUUUUCACACAGAUCCUGACACACAGAGGAUGUUGACCACUAUUCUGAAUGUACUGGACGACUGCGGGGGGUGGGAGGGUCGCCUCCUGGUCACUCAGAGCCACUCCGUACACACGGACACGGGAAUAUCUAAAUUGUAACCAGCAAUAGGCAGAGGAAACACUUGCCUUCCAAA